AUGCCUGAUACUUUUGGAAGGAGAUGUAACCGAAGCAUGCCACAUCCGACCAUGAACUCAAGUAUCCUCUUCUUCCUCGUAUUCGCUCUUAGGGUCGUGCUGGGCUUCUCCUCGACCCCGUCGCAAGCGCUUCGCUCCCAGCCCUUGCCCAAGGUGGCUCCGCAGAGCUUUCAAGUGGUUUUGUCAACAAGUGUCGAUGAAGGGCGAGCAUGUCCGAUCGUCAUCAACAUCACUCGCUCCAUGGCGCCUCAGUGUGCCGACGAGUUCUGGAGCAUGGUAAGACAAGGUCAAAGAUCAUUGCAAGACAGCGCCUUCUAUUUUGUGAGGCCGGGUGUCUUUGUGGAGUUCGGGCUGGGGAGAUUCUCAGAUCGGGCUGACUUCCAUCCCAUGCGGGGAGGGACAGGAGAGCAGAAGAACCUGAGAGGUUCUGUCUCGUUUGCAACGGUAGUUUCGGGGAUGGAGACGUUGGAUGAGAUUCAUCAACCGAAUGUUGGAGACUUUUCUGUCUCAGAUGUCGCAUACUUGUACAACCAGAAAGGAAUCUCGUGGCUACGAGCGAUGGACGCGGAGGUCUCCACCAUUAUCAACGUCUCUGCCGUCUUCCAGGGCUCCAGCAGCUUCCACCCUCCCGUCUGCGGGAGCUCCAGCGAGAACGGCCUCCUCCUCACGCUCCGCAAGACGUUGGGAGAGGUUGAGGCAUGGGCGGGAGGGUCGGUAGCUGUUGUGCUCCUGCUCUCCCUGCUCGGCAGUGGAGUGCUCGUGUACGUGUGCUGCUUCCUGCGGCGAUACCAGAAGAUCAAGCGGAUGAUCCGCUACUCCCGCGAGCUCGAGGAAUCAGGGGUGGAGAUGGUGUACGAGGACGACAAUACCAACCAUGAAAGGGAGCGAACGUCGUCCGUUCCCAUCAACUCAGCCGAGUAUGAGAGGCGAUUGAACGAGCCGCUGAAGCCAGAUGGCGGAUGA